CUCACAGGAAACGAUGCCCGACGCUGUCGAUUCUCCAGCCAAUCCCGGCACGCCUUGACCCAUCUUCCUCUCUUAUUGGGUGAACAGGAACGCGGCGAGCCGGAUGUUGUCAUUUUUGCAAGGGCCAAAAUAGGCAAGAUGGCGUCGAGCGGCGGGGAGCUUGGAGGCGUAUUUGACCACCACGUCCAGAGGGCUGUGUGCGACACGCGGGCCAAGUAUCGGGAGGGGCGGCGGCCUCGUGCUGUCAAGGUAUAUACAAUCAAUUUGGAAUCUCGGUACUUGUUAAUACAAGGAGUUCCUGCAGUGGGAGCAAUGAAGGAAUUAGUUGAGCGAUUUGCUCUAUAUGGUGCAAUUGAACAGUAUAAUCCUCUAGAUGAAUACCCAGCAGAAGACUUUACAGAAGUUUAUCUUAUUAAAUUUAUGAAUUUACAAAGUGCAAGGACAGCCAAGAGAAAAAUGGAUGAACAGAGUUUCUUUGGUGGAUUGCUUCAUGUGUGCUAUGCUCCAGAAUUUGAAACAGUUGAAGAAACUAGAAAAAAAUUACAGGAGAGAAAGGCUUAUAUAGCAAGAACUACUAAAAAUAAAGGAUGGAGCGAAGACCCUCAUGUUUGCCUGAACUGCAGCAGUGGGCCAAAACCCCUACAGAGGAUUAAAUCCCCCCUUGGAUGUGGAUUUUGAAAGUGAGAGUUCAAAAAUGUUAUGAAACCUGAAACCAUGAAAUUCCUAGAAGACAACAGAGGAACAAAGCUCUUUGGCAUGGGUCUUGGUAAUGGUUUCAUGGCUAUGACACCAAAAGCACAAGCAACAAAAUAAAAAAUAAACAAAUGGGACUAUAUCAAACUAAAAAGCUUCUGCACAGUAAAAGAAACCAUCAACAAAUGAAAAGACAACCUGUGGAAUGGGAAAAAAUACUUGCAAACCAUAUCAGAUAAGGUGUUAACAUCCAAAAUAUAUUUUUUAUUUUUUUAACAUAUUCAUUUUUUUAUUAUGUUAUGUUAGUCACCAUACAUUACAUCGUUAGUUUUUGAUGUAGUGUUCCAUGAUUCAUUAUUUGCGUAUAACACGCAUAGAACACGUAUAACAGUGCUCCAAUAACUCCUACAAUUCAAUAGCAAAAAACCCCAACCCAAUUAAAAAGUGAGCAAAGGACCUCAGUAGACAUUUCUGCAAAGAAGAUAAAUGAAAAGUCAACAGGUACAAGAAAAGAUGCUCAACAUCACUAGUCAUUAGGGAAAUGGAAAUUAAAACUGUAAUGAGAUAUCGCCUCAUGCCUGUGAGAAAGGCCAUCAUCAAAAAGAGAGCAAGAGAGAGAACAAAUGCUAGUGUGGAUGUGGAAGAAAGGGAACCCUAGUUUACUGCUGGUGGGAUUAUAAACCAGUGCAGCCGUUCUGGAACAUAGUACGGAGGAUCCUCAUAAAACUAAAAAUAGAACUGCCCUGUAAUCCGGCAAUUCUACUUCUGGGAGUAUAUCCAAAGGUAAUGAAAACACUAACUCAAAAAGAUAUCUGCACCCCCAUGAUCAUAGCAGCACUAUGUACAAUAACCAAGGUUUGGAAACGAUCUAAGUUUCUAUCGAUCAAUGAAUGGAAAAGGAAGUUGUGGUAUAUAUAUAUUCAUGUAAUGGAAUAUUAUUCAGCCAUUUAAAAAAUGAGGAAAUCCUAUAAUUUGUAACCACACAGAUGGGCCUUGAAGGCAGUAUCCUAAGUAAAAUAAUUAAGACAGGGAAAGACAAUACUUUGUAAUCUCCCUUAUAUGUGGAAUCUGAAAAAACAAAAACCAAACCAAACCAAAGAAACAAAAAACCUGACAACAAACUCAUAGAAAAAGAGAUCAGCCUUGUGGUGACCAGAGAUGAGAGGGUUGAAGGAAGGGAAAUUAGAGGAAGAUGGUCAAAAGGUACAAACUUCCCAUAUAAGUUAAAUAAGUACUAGGGAAGUAAUGUACAACAUGAUGACUAGAGCUAACAAUGAUGUAUGAUAUAGAGAAAAGUUGUUCAGAGAGUGAAUUCUAAGAGUUCUUGUCACAGGGAGAAUUUUUUUUCCUUUCUUGUCUUUUUUUCCUUUUUUUUGUCUUCUUAUUGUAUCUGUAUGAGAAGAUGGAUGUUAGCUGAACCUAUUGUAGUAAUCAUUUCACAAUAUAUGUAAAUCAAACCAAUCUGUAUUGUCUUGA